AUGAAACCAGGAGGAUGUCUGAUUUUCCUCUUCAUAAUCAUAAUUUUGCUGGAUCAGGUGUCUGGCCAAGCUUCCCCCUUUAAGGCAAAGAAGCACACCAAGCGAAGAGUAAAAGAGAAAAAUGGUGACCUUAAGAGUCAAAUUAACAAGCUUUGGAAAGAGGUAAAUUCCCUGAAAGAAAUGCAAGCCUUACAAACCGUCUGCCUUCGUGGAACAAAGAUCCAUAAGAAAUGCUACCUGGUGUCUGAAGGUGCAAAGCAUUUCCAUGAAGCAAACGAAGAUUGCAUAGCCAAAGGUGGGACACUCGCUAUUCCCAGAGAUGGAGAUGAAACAACAGCCUUGAGAGAGUACAGCAAGAAGAGCUUGCCAGGUGUAGCAGAUUUUUGGCUUGGUAUCACUGACAUGGUAAACGAGGGAAAAUUUGUUGACGUCAAUGGAAUGGUCCUCAACUACUUCAACUGGGACCGUUCACAGCCCAAUGGAGGGAAGCGUGAGAACUGUGUCUUGUUUUCUCAGUCAGGUCAUGGAAAAUGGGUGGAUGAGGUCUGUCGUACUGUUAAACGAUACGUUUGUGAGUUCCUGAUCCCUUAG